AUGUCGCUGUAUCAGCACUUUGAAGCUCGCCCCAAGGUUGCGGAGCGAGACAUUCCCAAAUACAAGCAGAAGCGCACUUCUUCCAGCUCCUCCAUCAAAGUUCAAGACGUUCCCGCCGCACCCGCCACGGUAGUCGCCGGGCGCGAGUCCCCCGCCACCCUUGCCGGUCACCACCAGUACUUGCGCCAAUUUGACCUCGACAUGACCUUUGGCCCUUGCGUUGGCGUGUCACGACGAGAGCGCUGGGAACGGGCUGACGCCUUUGGCUUGAAUCCUCCCAAAGCCGUCCUGCGGCUCCUGGAAAACCAUCCUCAAGAUGAAACCUUUCAACAGUGUCUCUGGUACAACACUCUCUGA